UUUGAUAGGCGAAAUAUUUUGGUAUCUGACCAAGCUCUACUUGUACGACGGUCCCAGCUCCGUGAUUGUGUUGACUGUUGGCAGCUUUCGAUCCCAUAUUGGCCCUUUCACUUUACUAGUGAUUUCGAUUUCCCAGUCACAUCAUGUUCCUUCCCACCGUUCAUUCUGUCCCGAAUCGACUUUCAAAGAAUAUAUAACAAGCCUUCUGGCACAGAACAUUCAAUUUGCAGUCUCCCACAAGCAUCUCCCACAAGCAACGUCCACAGUCCCUACGCCUUUCGUUAACACUUAGGUACACCUCGAGACUAGUACGCCAACCACAAAGCUCAUUAUGUCAGACUUCGACACUAAAUCUCAGCCGCAAAGCUCCCCAACUACCUAUAGCACAGAUACACGCUUGCCCAGCCCAAAACCUCAAGAAAUAAUGGAUAACAUGGCACUUAUACCCACCACCGAGCACCGAUUCUUCGUGCCCUCGGAGCAGCUCAAAGGCGGCUCCUACUGCGCGCGGGGCGUCAGCCUGGUCAACAACAACUACCGGGGCGACCCCAGCCUGCCGUCCAACAAGGGCAACAGCGUGCCCGAGGAGAAGAACACCAACCUCUGGAUCACCGGCCUGCCCGGCGGCAUAACCCACCACGAGCUCCUGGCCGGAAUCACCAAGACCGGCCGCGUCCGCUCGACCGUCAUCAACGCCGCGGACGCAGGCCACGCCACGGCCGCCGCAUCGAUCAGCUUCUUCCGGCGCGCGCACGCCGAGGCGCUGCACCGCGCCGCCGCGCGCGGCGAGUUCGUCGUCGCCGGCCGCUUCCCGCGCGUCACCUGGAACCGCAACCGGGUCGCCGAGGCCGAGGCCGCCGCGGAGCACAGCCACCAUCCCCACCACCACCACCACAGCCGCGUGGUGCUCGUCGCGGGGGACCCCGAGGUCGUCAACACCGCGUACCUCGAUGACUUCUUCAGCAGGAAGUUCGUGUACGAGCUCGACUGCGUGGUCGACCACGGCACGGUGGCCGGGGUCGGGGGACCGGUCGCCCGCUUGGAGUACCGCUUCGGCUCGUUCCGGUCCCAGGCGGAGUUCGCGCGGAUGGCGCUCUCGAUGGAGCUAAGGGGGUUUCUGCUGGCUGAGUAUGGCGAGGAUCCGUGUGCGCUUUGAUAUGGUACUAGAUACUACCUGUGGGGGAGGGGGGGGGUACCGGAUUAUAGUUCUGACGCUUGGUAUAUUCGAAUAGAAAUAAGCUGCAAAGCAUAAAAAGGAGGCGCUUGAGUUGAAGAUCUGGGUGGAUAGGUAGUUUUACUACUAAUGUGCUUAGCCUAGGCAUUGCCUAGGAAGCUGCUAGGAUACCCAGCAGGUGCCUGCAGAAGCAAGUGAGAGAUCCACGCAUACUA